CCGUAACAGCCUGGAGAUCGGGAAGAUUCUCCCUUGGGCAUUUCUGUGUGGAGUUUGCAUGUUCUCCCCGUGUGCGCGUGGGUUUUCUCUGGGUACUCUGGUUUCCUCCCACAUUCUACAUGCAGGUGAGGUUAAUUGGUGACUCUAAAUUGUCCGUAGGUAUGAAUGUGAGUGUGAAUGGUUAUGUAUGUCUAUGUCUAUCUGCUGGCGACCAGUCCAGGGUGUACCCUGCCUGCCGAAGUAAGCUGGGAUAGGCUCCAGCAUGCCCCCGCGACCCUAAUGAGGAGAAGCGGUAUAGAAAAUGGAUGGGUGAUACAAUUGCACUAAAGACCACAACAGCAAAUAUUCAUUCCCUUGUAAGUGAGUAUACGAAUGAGGAAGAAUGAAGGAACUAAAAUAUUGCGCAAUUGCUUUUGAACCGUCUAUUAGAGCAAUUAAUAGACGGACAAGUUUUCAAUGCAGUUUCUGGACUCUGCUCACCAUCAUGGCGGCCAAACCCGCGCAGGGCAUAAUACGGAAGUGGAUGCCGAUCGUCACCCAUGUUUUAACUCUACACUCCUUGGUUUACCUGCCCACUCGUGCUGCUACAGAGAGCUUUCCAUAUUAAGAUUUAGCUGAAUCACGCUUCAUAAUUUAAUUGAGUGUACCAUCCGGGUACCGGCGGUGUACUUGGCAGGCAAAACGCAAGUGCUAAGUGUAAGGAGGUAAUUGCGCCAAUUGAGGCACAGACGUUUUAUUUAAGAAGCAAGGCAUCCAAAUGAGUAGGGAAGAGGAAGCUGAUGCGGCAUUGAGGAUGAAGAUGAGGAAGGUGGGGCUGAGGGGGUCCAGAUGAUGCUGUUAGAAGAGGGAGGGGUGGUGGCAGGGGGAGGGGUGUGUGCCUCGCCGGUUGCAGCGGUCCACAGACACUCUCCAUCUUCCGCACAAAUGACUGCUUCCGGACCGGCAGAACCCAACUGAUUAGAAUCCGUUUGCACGUGAAGCGGAAGCGCUUGGACGACAAGGGUAAGAAGAAGAAAGAAGCUAAAAGCUAACCUGCUCGUCAUCAUGGACGAGCACAAGGACGCGCACAUGCACACGGAGUGCAGCAGGCUGACGGAGGAGAGAGACGAGGCCGAGAGACAACUCAAACACAUCAAGAGAGUGUCACAGAUGGUGAUUGAUGAGGUCAGCGUCCUGCAGACACAGCUGGAGAUUGAGAAGUCGUGUCGGGAGAACGCUGAGGCGCUCGCCACCAAGCUGAACUGCGAGAACAGGAAGCUGAAGUACCUGGGCUUGUCGUCGCGGCCGUGUUUGGACGAGCUCCUCCCCAGCAUCUCCGACCGCAUGGCCGUGGAAGCCGACGGCGAGCCGCCGCAGGACGGCGCCGACGCCUUGGAACGCUACCAGCAGCAGGUCAAAGAGCUGAGGGACGCGGUGAGCAGCUUGUUGGAGGAGAAGAAGAACUUCCUGUGUGAAAUUCACGAGCAGCAGAGAACACUGGAGGAGCUGACCACUCAGAUGUUGGUGAAGCAGAAGGAGGCCAAGCGCCAGAGCACACUCCUCCUGCAGAGCGCCGACCCCACCGUGCAGCUCCUCAGUGCGCUGGAGGAAGUCGCCGCCAUCACCAAGACGCUGGAAGACGAGCGACUGCGGCAUCAGCAGACAGUGCGUCACCUGGAGGUCCAGCUGGACGGCAGCGGUGUGAAGAAGGAAGUGGAGGCUCUGCAGAGACAAGUGGAGCUGCUGGAGGAUGAGAAGAAGGACUUGGAAGCAAGACUGGAGCAGACGGAGAAGGACAACCUUGACCUGCACAACAAACUCCAGCAGCUGCAGAAGGUCGCCAUGACGAGCAACACGCCGCCACCGCCUCCUCCCCCGGCUCCCGGCGCGGCCCCGCCCCCUGCACCUCUACCGCAACCGCCCCCGCCGCCUCCUCCACCACCUCCGCCCCCUCCUCCGCCUCCCCCAUCCAGAUGCAACCCCCUCAGUUCUCUGAUCGCCAUCAUGAGGAAGACGUCCAAAGGGUCCAAAGCAUCUCUGAAGGUGGAGCAGCCGCCAGCGUCUGAGGGCGUGGACGACGUGAAGGUGAAAGCCGUCAACGAGAUGAUGGAGCGCAUCAAGCACGGCGUGGUGCUGCGGCCCGUCAAGAGUCAGGACAGCAAGAGACUUGCCGUCAAACCGCCUCCAGCCAGCGAGGAGAAAGCUCAGGAGAGCGCCAUGGACGAGCUCAAAGGCAUGCUGGACACGGUGAAGAGGAGUCCCAGCCGAGGCUCCCAGGAGGUGGCACCAUCACCAACGGGGAAGAAGGACAGCGAGCUGGAGGUCAUCCUCAGACGUCGCCGUAACAAGGCGGGAGAGGCGGGUUCUGGAGACGAGCGCGACGGUCAAAUGAGUCAUGUGUCAUCGUGCGACAGCUUGAACGGGCGGCGCGCCAGCACCGACUCCGGGAAAGAUCCUGACGGGUCUGUCACCCCCUCCAACCCGACGGGCCCCAGGCUGGGCUCAGAGAGGCGGGGCUCCGGGCCGGGGCCCGUCAUGGCCAGGAGGAGAAGCUCAGAGAAAGAGCCCCAAGUGGGCUCCUGGCAGGAGAGGAGGUCCGGCUGCUCCGUGUCCGAUAAAGACCCCAUGGACUCGCCGAUCAGAAACGGCAGCGACCGCAACCGCAGCGUGGACGAGGACACCGGCGCCCCCAAGACACCCGUCCAGUCCAACGGCGUCCACCGCAACGAGCACGGAGAAGAUGCCAUCAUGAGCAAUGACGACGACAGCCAGGGCGGCCUCUGAGAGGGGCGUGGUCAAUGUGACAUCUCAAACAAUGCACCCGCUUUUUUUUUUUUUUUUUUUUUGAGUGACUUUUUGUUACUGCUAACCAAUGACAACAGCCUGUUUGGUUACAUGACUGACAUGUGACACAUGCAUUCUAAUUAUUUUCACACAGCAGCUGACUGACUAACGGCUAGCAUGGCUAGAAGUUAAUGCUAACAUUAAAACUCGCAAUGUCGCCACCUGCUGGCCAAUGGAAGUAAUGCUGGGUUACAUACAUUUUGAAUACAGGGUGUCCCCAAGCGUGGACAUGCAAUACACAUCAAAUGUCAAAUAAAGUCACAAUUAAUAGUUAAAAUAAUAUGAAUACAAAAUAAUUAACAUUCAUAUUUUAAAUCAAAUAAGAAUUUAAAAAUUUUAAAUAAUUAUAUGUAAUUAACAUGUUUUAAGUAAAAUAAAAUAAAAAUCUAAAAUAAUUCUGUAUAAUAAUAUACAUAUGUAUUUAUAUUGUAUCAUCUUUGCAUUUUGCUCAUGUGUCCAUACUUUGGGGACACCCUGUAGUUUUAUUCCCCACUUGGCAGCUUUUGCGAGGCCUUCAAAACAGAACUUGGCAAGUUACUGAGUCAUGCGGGUGCACUGAUGUUUGCGUCUUAGACUCAUUUCUUUGCGUUCCACUCAACACAUGCGUUUUCUCACGGAUAAGUGCUGACUACGCGAGGUGAAGCUUAUUAUGCAACGACGACAACGCAAGUCCCCCGACGGCUGAAAGGCUUUGCUGGCUCCACAUGAAGAUUCUUCGGAUCAGAGGUGCGGAUCUUAAAGCAAACGAGGGAACUUGCUACUAUUUGCACAGAAACAAUUCCAUUUUGUCCUCCAAGAUUUCGACGUUUGUCCCGCGACAACACUGCACUUUUAUUAACAUUAGCAUGAGACAUGAGAUAUGUUGAAAUAACAAACCAUCAUGUCUGACUGCAAAAUAACAUAACAUCUCACUGACCACUUCAAAAGGCACGCGUGUACAAGAGAAUGAGAGCCCCUGCUGGCCAACGCAAAUCAUAAAAUGCAUUAUUUCUGAAGGUAGAUUGUGUUGGGUCUCAUUAGAUGGAGUGCCUGAUGUCUUGGCUACCUCUCCUCAUUCACGCAUUAAAGUCCGUCUGAAUCCCAAGACUUCUUUUGUAAGAACGGAUGUCUUCCACGCGUCUCGACAGGAGCUUUCCAGAGCCCCCAUUAGCAAUGGCACACAGGCAGCCUUUCUUUGAUGCAAUGUUAAGAGAAUACGAGCCUGAGCGUUUAAACGUCCAAUGAGAGCAUUCAAGCUGCCGUGAAAGACCUGUUUUGCAUAUCCAGACCUUCUGGCUGCUCCCCCAGUUAGCAAGUUUGGGUGAUUAUUGAUGUUGUGUGUGUGUUUGGGAUAAACAGCAUAGAUAUAUUGGGUGUUAAAGGGUUUUUUAAAAUAUGAAUUUUCAUGUAACCACCACUUGAAAUAAAUUGCAAUGCAAACUAAAAUGUAUGUUUUGAAUUUCAAAGAGCAGUACCUGAUGCUCACAUCCAUCCCAACACAAUGCACAGCAUUAGAAAAGUGUCCCAGCUUCCCCUGUGAUGACCUUUAACCUGUCAUUGCUGCCCUCUGGUGGCCAUCGAGGAAUUGUCGGAAAUGGGGUAUGGAAGAACUGGUUAAAUUUUGCGGGUGAUACGGAUCACAAUUUUUUUAAAGGACCCUUUAACAUUGCGAGAUGGAACCGAUUUCGGCACUUGUGCAUGUAACUCCACAAAAACGGUCAGAGUACUUGGGGAAAAAGUUUACAACAGUCUACAAAAUAUCAAAGACUGAUCCAAAAAUGUAGGGUUAUUAUUUUGGUGUGAAUCACAAUAUGGGGGGAACCAUAGACACAGACGCCGCAUCGAGUGUGUUUGUCCACUGCUGCUACGGCAAUGUCGCCGCCAUAUUGCAUGUGUCA